AUGUCGAUGUCGUUCGCUAUGUACGACUCUUGGACUGUUGAGGAUAGAAGCAAUAUGAUUCCAGUCCGCGAGAGCCGCCGUUCUGAGGAACAUCGUCGUCGUCGUUACUCUAAUUCCGCUUCUUGUACUACAGCCAAAGUCCAUAUCAAUGUCCUACCCCCUCCCCCUCCACCAAAGGAGAUUCGCUACGUUCAAACCUAUAUGCCUCCGGUGGUAAUCCAAUCUGCUCCGGUGGUCCAACCUGCCCCUGCUCCCCUCUACAGCAUCGAAGCUACUGCCGAGGAGAUUGCAGACCGUAUUUGCGCUGAGAACACCGAGAGGAACAAGCGUAUCUCCCUUGAGGUCCGUCUUGAGGAGGAGCAGACUCGUCGCCUAGAAGCGGAGGAAAAAAUGCAAAUGGAGAAGACAAGGCGAGAGGCAGAGGAGGCAAGGCGAGAGGUAGAAAAGGUCUAUGCCGAACAUCACUCUCGAGAGCUCCGUGAGAGGGAAGAAAAUGCCCGUCGCCGGGUCGCUGAAGAGUACACGCAUCAGUCUAGGUCUCUUGGGAAUAGCCCUAGGACUAGCGGCGAGAGCCUGUGGUCGGCAGUUGCUGUUACUUCAUCUUCAUCUCGUGAAGGAAAACUGGUUGUUCACGAUCACCGCCAUGGACAUCACCAUCACCACCACCACCGCAGUCACUCCGACUCAAGGGACCGUAGGUGCUCCAGGUGCGGGGACUCGGACCAUAGAUCUCGGGACUGCCCAGUCGAGACUGUCUACGUACCUCAGAACAGAGUACGACACAUUACUUAUCUUUCAUAG